UCAGAAUCCACACAGUUACAACUCAGUAGCCUCUAUUUUACACUUGUCCCAGAAUAAGUCUCUUUUAUUUAGCAGAUACUUGUAACAAAUUUAAGCAUCCAAGAAAAUGGAGCCCUGGAGCAAUUUACAAGGCAAGGUGGUGAUGGUAACAGGUGCAUCAUCUGGAUUUGGUCGAGAACUCUGUAUGGACUUGGCAAAGGCAGGUUGUAAAGUCAUUGCAGCUGCUCGGAGAAUGGAUAGGCUUACUUCCCUGUGUGAAGAAAUCAACAACUGUAUCCAAGCUGGUGAGCUGAUCAGUGCUCCUAAACCUGGUAGUAUAAACACUUGCCGGGCUGCGGCUGUUGAACUCGAUGUGGCAGGGCAUGGUGAGGUCAUUAAGUUGGCUGUCGCAAAAGCAUGGAAUUGUUUUGGCCGCAUUGAUGCUUUGGUCAAUAAUGCUGGAGUUAGAGGUGGAACGAAAUCUUCAUUAUAUUUAAGUGAAGAAGAGUGGAACGUGGUGGUGAGAACCAAUUUAACAGGAUCAUGGCUGGUGUCUAAGUAUGUUGGAUUACGCAUGGUGGAAGCAGUUCAAGAAGGCUGCAUCAUUAACAUAUCUUCUUCUGCUGGUACAAGUAGAACUGUGGUGCAUGGAGCAAUUGCCUAUGGUUCCUCCAAAACAGGACUCAAUAAGAUGACCAAGUGUAUGGCAUUCGAAUUGGGGAAGCAUAAUAUAAGAGUAAAUUCGAUAUCCCCUGAUAUAUUCCUGUCUGAAAUAACCGAGUCUCUGAUGAAACAAGAUUGGCUGAAGAACGUGGCUGCAAGAACCGGACCAUUAAAGGCUUUUCUUACAUCUGAUCCAGCACUGACAUCGCUUGUUCGCUACUUAAUUCAUGACUCGUCAAACUAUGUUACAGGCAACAAUUUUAUAGUUGAUGCUGGCUUUAGUCUCCCUGCUCUUCCAAUAUUCUCUUCCUUGUAAAAUUUAUUUAAAGAUUAUGCAUCAUAAAUAUGUAUUCACAGUGCUGAACUUCAUACAUUUUGUGAUUUUGAAUAAUGACUGUGGUUGUCUUCUAGUAUAAACGAUUCUCAGAACUUGUGGAGUUACAAACAUAUAGUA